AUGAAUACGAUGAAAUUUUAGAAUUCUCCAAAGGAAUUAAAAUAAAGGUUAUGUAUUUACUUAUUAGAUCAUCAGCAUCAGCAACUAUCAGUCAUCUGAUAAUCGUAUAAAGUUUGUUGUGAAAACUUUGUAUUAUUGUAAUUUUAAUAACAAUACAUGUUCUAAUAAUAACUAUAGAAUAGUAUAAUGUAAAGUAACAAUGACUUCUAAUGAAGAUGUAAAGAAAAAGAAAGACAAAUUGUAUGGUAGGUACAUUAUUCUUAGCUGGAAUUGCAGGAAUUUCUACUAUGGUUGGGUUUGGCACUGCUUUAGCGUCAACUAGAAAACAAGAUGCAAAAAAUUUUGAAGCAGGUCUUUAUGAAUCCGGAGCUGCAUUAGCUACAAAGGCCCUGAUUCGGGGCUCUCUAUGGGCAAUCGGAGGUUGUGGAUUGCUUUUCUUUGGUAUUUGGAAGCUAUCCGGUGCUAAAACUGCAGAAGAAUUUCGAUUAAAGGCUGGAAGUAUUUUACCAAGGGUACCAAAAAAUAACCCACCACAGAGUAGAACUGAAUUUGAAAACCUUACCGAUUUCCUUAGAUAUGUUUCUGAAGAGUGGGGUAAAGAAAAGUAAUAUCAUUUAUUAUAUUGACUAGUGUUAAAAGUAGUAAAUAAUUUUUUUAUUAAAUUACCUUAAAAAUCUUAACAGUAGUGUUUCAAAAAUAUUACUAUUAUCUCUGUUCAUCAAUUACAUCAUCAUUUUCAGUUUAGAAGCUGAUUAAAAAAGAUCAUCUAGCCACAGGUUUCACAGAAACUAUAAUUGUAAAUGUUUGUGUUCUUUUAAAAUGCAAAAAUAUAUGUUUAUUACAUUAUAAA